UCACACUGAUGUUCACGGACCCCAGGCCAUCGCUCAGCUGUCAGUUCUUGGUAAACAUGAAAGUGAGCUCCACGCUGAAUACGACAGGUAAGUACCGCAGCAGAUCCUGAACGUACGCAGUGAGAGUCCUUUCUACUUGUCUGACCUCUCCCUGCCAACAAGGCUGAUCAGCCCUAGGAGCCUCCACAGAGCCGUCCCUUGGUCCUGGGACAGUGUGGCAGCCCUUGCCUUUGAGACCCUAGCAGGGGUUGCAGAGCCUCCAACAGCUUUGACCAAUGGAACAGUGGCCGGGGCCAUCACACAGAGCACUUGAGUCCCCGCUGUUCCAAGGUGCUCAGAAGUGGCCUCCCGGCCAGAAAGGACCAUGAGCAACCGCAGCAACACGUUGGUGACAGAGUUCAUUCUUCUGGGUUUCCCAGAACUGUGCCACCUACAAGGGCUGCUCUUUGGGUUGUUCCUGACCAUCUAUGUGGUGACUGUCCUAGAGAACGUGGUCAUUGUGGGCACCAUCAGUGCUAGCCGGCAGCUGCACAUCCCCAUGUACUUCUUCCUGGCCAAUCUGUCUGUGCUGGAAACCCUCUACACCACAGUCACAGUGCCCAAGCUGCUGGCUGGCCUCCUGGCAGGGGCAAAAGCCAUCUCCUUCUCAGGGUGCCUCACCCAGCUGUUCCUUUUUCUCUCACUGGGCUCCUCUGAAUGCUUCUUACUGACUACCAUGGCCUGUGACCGGUACGUGGCCAUCUGCCGCCCGCUGCACUACCCGGUCAUUAUGGAUUCGAGGCUGUGUCUGCAUCUGGCCAUCAGUGCCUGGCUUGGGGGCUUCCUGGCCUCCUUUGUGUCCACAGCUCUCAUCUCCCGCCUCAGGUUCUGUGGCCCCAAUGCCCUCAACCACUUCUUCUGCGAUGUCUCACCUCUGCUGCAACUGUCCUGCUCAGACACUGCUGCCAUCGAAAUGCUGGACUUUGUGGCAGCCCUGGCUGUCCUCGCAACCUCUCUGACAGUGACUUCCAUCUCCUACGCCCGCAUCCUUGCCACUGUGCUGAGGAUUCCAGGAGGGGCGGGCCGCAGGAAGGCUUUCUCCACGUGUGCCUCCCACUUGGUGGUGGUCUUAAUCUUCUACACCACCACCACCUUCAUGUAUGCCCGGCCUCACGCCAUAAGCUCCUUCGACCUCAACAAGCUGGUAUCAGUGAUCUACUCGGUAGUGACUCCCCUGCUGAACCCUAUAAUCUACUGCCUGAGGAACCGUGACAUCAGGGAAGCACUUACCAAGCUCCUCCAGACCCCCAGGUUCUCCUGAAUGCCAGUUGCUGGGUCCUGCUGUGCUCUUCCUAGUGAAGACAAGUCCGUCCUUUCCCACAGUUCAGAGUACCCAAGGACACAAUGUGACCAUCAUCCAGCAACAAACAAUAAAAAGAGGUAA